AUGACAAACUUGUUGGCGCUCGUGGCGGCGCUCGUGCUCCAGCAGGCAGUUUUUGCCCACGACGCCGUCAUUUUCUCCAGCACCGAGAAGUUGAGCGGCAACGUAGCAGACCUCUUGAGCGCUGCAACGUCCGAGACACCGCUGAUUUUCCUGGUUGAGCCCGAUUUCACGCUCGGCGAGUUCAGCAAGCACGCCAACGUCUAUUCGGAUUCGGGCAAAGCUUCUCCAUUGGCUUCGGUCGUCAAGGGUGCGGCUCAGAAGCUGAAUGCUCAUAUUGAUGAGCUCAUUUAUGCUCCUGAUGCCGAUGUUGAAACCUCUGCCUCUACCUUGAAGCCGGGCCAGUCGGCAUACGUCAUCUCUGCCGAUGACUGGAGCUCGCUGGAAGAGAUGGCCGUCCUGUCCAAGUUCCCCAAAUCGAUUGUGGUCAUCACCGACUCCGCUGCCGUCACAAAAGUUGAAUCUGUGCCUCGCGUGAAGCGACAGCAGUCCAACGGUGACGCUGCAGGCAACGCUGAGAUGCUUGACCUUCCGGUGACGUUGCCCUCAUACAAUAGGACGGCUAACUCCCCGCAGCUAAAGAACGUCAGCUGCCUUUUCUACCUGGAGGGCAUCACCGUCGUCGUCCAGAAGAUCAUUGGUGAAAACCCAUCGGCAAAUCCUUCGGCCGCUGCUGUCAUCAACAGUGGUCAAUUUGCCUGGGAUCCUACCUAUGCUGUCUGCCCUGAACUUGGACCGCACGAGGGCCCCGGAACCUGGAACUUUACGGUUGACAUCACUCCUUCGGAUACGGUGGCCGGGCAAAAUGUGAACGGUGUCCAGUUCAACGUCACCAAGGAUUCGACGGUCAAAAUCAAGUUGACCUUUGCGGAAGAUAUCGCUGGGUACUGGGCACUGACAAAUGCCGAGCUCCAAAGCACUAUCAGCCUGGUUGCCGGACCCCAGGGCGACAAGAGUGUUCUGGGGAAGAACAUCCAGACGAAGGGUAGCAACGGCACCGGGCUCUCCUACAUGGGCGUCAAUGCGGUGCUCGGCUACGGCUGGACUUGCGGAGAUUCCCCGGCCGUGUGGUUUGACUCGACCGAUGAUGCGUACAAGAUCGGAAUCGCUUUCCACAACAUUCAAGUCCAAUUGCGCCGUCUGGCCAGCGUCGACGCGACGGUCGAUGGCACAUUCCUCUUCAACACCCAGGUCAUCGACUGUGUCGGAACAUUCUCGACAGGAUCGCUGAUGGGCAUCAUUUCCGGGCUGGUCAUGCUGGCCACGUUCGUCUUCGGCUUCUUGAUGCUGAACUCUGUGCAGACGAUGGACCGAUUCGACGACCCCAAGCAGAAGCAGAUUGUGAUCAACUUCAAGGAA